ACACAGAGAGUUAACGGUCAGGUCAACAACCACCGGAAGUGACGUGAUUGUAAAGGAGUGGGCCUCACGUGAGCCUCCAAUCAGCUGAUAAAAGUCUGCAGCAGUUUGUCGACAACAGUCUGAACCAGAACCUGUAAACUGCUCCGUCAUUGUUGUGACUCUCCUCCGACUGUUAACAAUGAAGGUUUUACUCCUGUUUGUGUUCGCGGCGUUAGCCCUGACCAACGACGCGCUGGUCCGAAUUCCCUUAAAGAAAUUCCGUUCCAUCAGACGUGAGCUGACAGACUCGGGGAGAAGAGCCGAGGAGCUUCUGGCCCACAGGCACUCCCUUAAGUACAACUUUGGCUUCCCCUCCAGUAAUGGACCCACUCCAGAAACCCUGAAGAACUACCUUGACGCCCAGUAUUACGGUGAGAUUGGCCUGGGUACACCGCCUCAGAUCUUCACUGUGGUGUUUGACACCGGGUCCUCCAACCUGUGGGUGCCCUCCGUUCACUGCUCCCUCUUAGACAUCGCAUGCUUGCUUCACCACAAAUAUAAUUCUGCCAAGUCCAGCUCAUACGUUAAGAACGGCACUGCCUUCGCCAUCCAGUAUGGAAGUGGCAGUUUGUCGGGCUACCUCAGUCAGGACACGUGCACGAUCGGAGACAUAUCAGUGGAAAAGCAGAUUUUCGGAGAAGCCAUCAAGCAGCCAGGCGUGGCCUUCAUCGCAGCUAAGUUCGAUGGGAUUCUCGGCAUGGCCUACCCACGCAUCUCCGUAGACGGGGUGGCUCCGGUCUUUGACAACAUCAUGAGCCAGAAGAAGGUGGAGCAGAACGUCUUCUCCUUCUACCUAAACAGGAACCCGGACACCGAGCCCGGUGGUGAGCUGCUGCUGGGAGGAACCGACCCCAAAUACUACACCGGUGACUUCAACUACGUCAACAUCUCCCGACAGGCCUACUGGCAGAUCCACAUGGACGGGAUGGCCGUGGGCAGCCAGCUGAGUCUGUGUAAGAGCGGCUGCGAGGCCAUCGUGGACACCGGGACGUCUCUGAUCACCGGCCCCUCUGUGGAGGUCAGGGCCCUGCAGAAGGCCAUCGGAGCCACGCCACUCAUCCAGGGAGAAUACAUGGUGAGCUGUGAUAAGAUCCCAUCGCUGCCCGUCAUCACCUUCAACGUGGGCGGCCAGUCCUACUCUCUGACCGGAGAGCAGUACAUCCUCAAGGUGAGUCAGGCUGGAAAGACCAUGUGUCUGAGCGGCUUCAUGGGUCUGGACAUCCCUGCCCCGGCCGGGCCCCUGUGGAUUCUGGGAGAUGUAUUCAUCGGUCCGUACUACACCGUCUUUGAUCGGGAAAACAACAGGGUGGGCUUUGCCAAGGCCAAGUGAGCACGUCCUGCAAGAGCUGAGCAUCCCAAGUUUUAGGAGACAAAAAAAAUCUGAGCUGCACACGUUUUCUGUUGCUUUGCAAUCCAACCGUAUUUAGCAAUAGAUUUUGUGUAGAGCCUAAAUGCACUGAUCUGAAGAUUUUGUACGAUUUCCAGCAGAGUGUGUGAAACCGAGUGGAGAUUUGAUAAGUUUGUGUGGCGGGGGUACAUGAUCAGGAAUCAGUUGAUUGUAACAGUACUGCCCUUUCAUAAACAUCUUACGUGAUCAUUACUUUUAAAAUCAGGGAUUUGUUUUAAACGAAACUUCAUUUGCAUUUUAGGAGAGAGUUGUUCCUCCACUACUGACUUUGAGAUGUAUAUUGAUGUGAUGGGCCUGAAUAAACAAGUUUUUAAAAGGA